UUGGUUAUACAUUCACAGACCACGUAAUGGGUCCGUCCUCCACAGGCAUCGCCAUAUUGUACGAGACGAACAAGAGGCGCAACCACGCCAUUGUGCGCAUCACGUUAUUUCUUGUCUGAUUUUACAAAUAACAAGUAAAAAACUAGGUAAAUGAAUGGACAACAUGUACAGUAACAACAUUGACCCUUGGGAGCCAGGUUAUGGGCCCGAAAGGAGAGGGCACAACUCGGAUUACGAUUAUCGUAACGAAUACGGAAGUAGUAGAUCACCGGAGUAUACCGAGCACCGGGAUAAUGAUCAUCGCGACAGGGAUCAUCGAAGUCCUGAAUAUAGGAAUCACCGUGGCCGAGACAGAGAUCGCGAAAGGGAUCGUUCGAGAGACCGAAGGGAUCGUAGUAGAGACGACAGAGAUCGUAGUUACAGAGACAGAGAAGAUCGUUACGGAAGACAGAGAGAUAGAGAUUCCGUAGAAAGAGACAGAGAUCGGGAUCGUGAUCGCGAUAGAGAUCGAGACCGGUCUAGGAGAGACAGAGACAGGGAUAGAGAUAGAGAUCGUAGAGGGAAACGGGAGGAAAGAGAUCGGGAUCGCGAUGACGAUCAUAGUCGAGAAAGCAUGGACUUUGAGCACGACCAUGGACGUACUUACGGUUCGUCCAUGGAAGGCAUCCACUACAAAUCUCAAUCUCCGAACAACACCAUUAUGAUUCGCGGGCUUGCUCAGCAUAUUACAGAAAAUGACGUGCGGCAAGACAUCCUCAACUGUGGUCUCAUGCCCAAGGACAUCAGGCUAAUACGUAAAAAGGAUACAGGUGCUUCGCGAGGUUUUGCAUUCGUCGAGUUUAACGCGACUCAGGAGGCCGCACGGUGGAUGGAGAUGAAACAGGGAGUACUGAUGCUUCAGGACCAAUAUCGUGCAUUGAUGCAGUACAGUAUACCGAAGGAUUGCCAUGUAGAUAAACCACCAGCAAAAAAUACACAGGAUUGGCAUUGCGUUAAGUGUGGCGCGCAUAAUUUUAAGAGGCGCGAAACGUGCUUUAAAUGUUCCGCCUCACGAGCAGAGAGCGAAGAAGGUGGAGAAGGCAGCGAUGAAAUCAGCCCUCAUCCUACGAAUACUGUUCUUCUUCGAGGAUUGGACGUAUUAACGACCGAGGAUUCGGUCUUACAAGCGAUGAAAAAUCUUUCAUCUAUGCCGAUACGUAGUAUUCGUAUCGGUCGUGAUUCUCUAACAAAUACGUCCAGAGGUGUUUGUUACCUAGAAAUGGGUAACGUAGUUGACGCCAUGUAUUUACACACAGCCCUAACGAAACAGGGUUUAGUAGUGGACGGAAGGAAAGUAGAAAUUACAUAUUGCAAACUCCACCAAAUAAAUAACACGAAUACGUGGAAAGCAAAUGACAACCAACCGCAAAGGUAUACUCUAGACGAUGUUGCUCAAUUGGCAGAGUACAGUGCCAACUUAUACGCUAAGACGCCUGCACAGAAAGCUCAUUACCUUCAGUAUUAUACGCAAUACUAUCAGAAUCAAAUAAUGCAGGGCUCUGCUAUCACUCUGCCGUCUUUAAAUCAAACUGAUAGAGUGAACGCAGCUGCAGCUGUCGCGCAGUCUGCCAUACAACAGCUACAAGCAUCGAGGAAGUUGGGAGAUGCCGAGGAAAUGAAGAACAGACCAACACCCACCGCGCCAACUAGCACCGCGUUAGCAAGUGGAAGAGUACCUGCACAUGGCAGUGAUGGUAAAGUAUACUCUGUACCAGACGUUAGUACCUAUCACUACGACGAAUCGUCCGGCUAUUAUUACGAUCCAAGUACAGGAUUGUAUUACGAUCCUAAUUCGCAAUAUUAUUACAACAGUCAUACACAACAAUUCCUUUAUUGGGAUGCUGAAUCGUUCUCGUAUCAACCGGCAAAGACUGCUCCUACUGUAACACAAGCAACAGGAACUUCAUCCAGUGGAACAACAAUAACUGCUACCGCUAGUAGUACCGAUUCAACAAACAUGCCCGCUAACCAGGCAACAACUUCAGCGGUUAUUACUGCGACUGCAGAAACUUCAAAGGAAGAUGAAAGUAAAAAGAAAGACAGUAAACAAGAUAAAGUGAAGGUAGCAAAGAAGAUAGCAAAAGACAUGGAACGUUGGGCGAAAACGUUAAAUCAGAAGAAGGAGAACGCAAAAAGUAAUUGGAAUUCAGAAUUCGCUGGUGGUGAUGGCAAUCAAGGUAUCGGAAGCGGAGCUGCUGAUGCUGGAUAUGCUAUAUUAGAAAAGAAAUCUCUUGCUAAUUCUUAUCACGAGGAUGAGGAUCAAAGCGGAAAUAAUGGUCUAGUUGCUGCCUAUGGUGGCGGUAGUGACACGGAAGAGGAAAUAGAGGAUGUGCAACAAGAGGAAAGGCAACACACAGACUGGAGUAAAUUAGCAUGUUUAUUGUGUAAACGACAGUUUCCCAGCAAGGAAGCGUUGCUUCGACAUCAGCAAUUGUCUGAUCUUCACAAACAAAAUUUAGAAAAUUGGUAUCAAGUACGGGGUUUAGAUCCAAACGAUCCGCAACAAAGAAACAAUAAAUACCGAGAUCGUGCUAAAGAAAGAAGAGCAAAGUAUGGCGAACCAGAACCCCCUCAACCAAAUAAACUUAAAGAAAAGUACCUAAAAACCAGAGUAGAAGAUAUAUCGGUAUCUUACGAAGAACCCACAAGGGCGGGUAUUGGCUCGGAUAAUGUUGGCAAUAAAUUAUUGCAAAAAAUGGGAUGGAGCGAAGGGAUGGGCCUGGGUAAAUCAAACCAAGGUAGAACAAGUAUCAUCGAAGCGGAAAGGAGAGUUCCUACGGCUGGUUUAGGAGCAAAAUCGUCAUCGUAUAGUGCAUUACCCGGAGACACCUAUAAAGAUUGCGUAAAAAAAAUGAUGUACGCACGUUAUCAAGAGCUGUCUGAUACAUAAUAUAUUGAGUAUCAUUGAAAAUAGAUUUUAUAUAUACAUAUAUGUAUAAGUACUUGUACCCAAUUUUUCCAUAGACGAAUAGGUAUGUAUGGGUAUUACCUGAACAAUAUACUGGUUGCAUUACUGGUAAUUGAAAAGUGAGAUAAUUCAUUCUUGGGUACACAUGUACCUUGUUUUUUUUUACUAUAUACUUUCAUGAUUCUUAGGGACUAGUAAAUUGAGAAUGUUUUUAAUUGUACAUUUGUUUUCCAUUUUCUCGUGUUUAAAACUACUCCUGUAAUAUAUUUCGGAUUGAAAGACGAUACAAUUUUUUAACCAUGCGUUCCAACCACACUAUACUUGUUUCUUUUAUGAAAUUACAAUACGCACCCAAGAAUGUAACACAAACACCAGUAGAAAUAGUUAAAAAGAAAAAAA